UCGAGGAUCCGUUAGGCAGAGAGAGCUGUGGAAAAAAAUAGAAGUAAACAUGGAGCUCUCGGCCGUCGGGGAGAGGGUCUUCGCCGCUGAAUCCAUCAUUAAACGGCGCAUUAGGAGAGGACGGAUGGAGUAUCUGGUCAAAUGGAAAGGCUGGUCUCAAAAAUACAGCACUUGGGAACCAGAGGAAAAUAUUCUAGAUGAACGCCUUUUCGCCGCUUUUGAAGAGAGGGAGCGUGAGAGAGAAUUGUUCGGGCCAAAAAAGAGGGGACCCAAAACCGAAACGUUCUUGUUAAAGGCAAAAGCUAAAGAAAAAUGCACACGCUUUGAGUUUAGACGGGAGAUGUCUCCAGGUAUGCAGGUGUCCUUCCCGGUCGCAGAGCCGGUUGUGACGCCAAGAGCUCGCGAGGGACUACGGGCAGUCGUGCCGACCAUUUUCCCACCGAGCGCCGUCAAUAGAGGCGAGAGUGUUCGCGUCCGACCACCAGACCCCGAGAGAAUCCCACUGACGUCACCGCAACGCCCUUUGGAUCUUGCCAAUUCGCAGAAAAAGCGAGGACCAAAACCAAAAUUGCGUCCCGCCGCGGGUCUAAGUGGAGGUUCGUCUACCGAAGGCUUUAAAAGAAAAGCAUUUGAACCGUCCUCUUACAGGCCUUCAAAAACGGGGAGAUCGGGAGAGGCAUCGAGCUGUGACAUUAUGCAUUUAUCGCAGAUCCAAGCGGAAUCCAGCCACGUUAAAAAGCAAAUGGGAAGAAGGUCAAGUGAUGACGUUUAUACACAUGGUGGCACCAUCAUAAAAACAGGGGUUGGUAUUUUGGGGCAUCGAUCGAAGGACAGUACCAUUGGUGCCAUAUAUAAUCGACCUAAAAGUAAUCUAUUUCGACCCACCGGUAAAACCAGGGAGCAACUGUCUCUGAGUUUUGUGGAGGAAACAGAGGAGUCCUGGUUGCCCUGUUUGAAGAACAUGGAGAAAAUUGUUGUUACGGAUGUAACGAGUAACUCUUUGACUGUGACCAUUAAAGAGAGUUCAACUGACAAAGGUUUCUUUAAAGAAAAAAACAUUAUAUAAUUUUUUUUUAAAGUGAAAUGUUUGACUCCAAAUAGAAAAAGCCUAAAUUUCUAAAUAAUUAUAUGUAACUGCACAGUAAAGUCUUGCAAUCAUGUAUGUGUGUGUGUAUAUAUAUAUAUAUAUGUGUAUAUAUAUAUAGAGAGAGAGAGAGAGCCUAUAAAUACACUACUGGUCUAAAGUUUUGAAACUUAUUAUAAUUGUGUUUUUUUUUUCCACAUUUAAGGAUAAUAGUAAAUUAAUCACAACUAUGGAAUAACAAAUGGAAAUAUGGGAAUUAUGUUGUUGCUAAAAAUCUAAAGAAAAUCCAAAAUAAAUCACAACUGUGUUAUAUUUGAGCAUCUUCACAGUAUUCCCGCUUUGCCUAGAAUUUGCAGAAAUGAACUCUUUUCUCCACCAACUUCUUGAGGAUUCAUCCUGGGAUGCUUUUUAAACAGUAAUGAAGGAGUUCCCAUCUUGGGCACUUAUUGGCUGCUUUUCUUUAUUAUUUGGUCCAAGUCAUUAAUUUCAAAAACUUUUUUUUUUAAUCCAAUUUUCGUUUUACAAUGAAAAAAAUUAAAAUGGCGGCACAAUUAUAUUUUUGCCUACAAAACUAAUUUCAAACAUUUAAGCAAACUUAAACUUUUGACUGGUAGUGUGUGUGUGUGUGUGUGUGUGUAUAUAUAUAUAUAUAUAUGAGUCUAUGUUUAGCCUACAGAUCUAUUCACAUUUUCUAUGAAAAUGAAGUGUAUUUUACUAUGUCCCAGAUUGUAUGUGAUGUACACCAGUUGAUUUGUUUCUUUGUUGCUGCCUUCAGCUUUAUAAUGAAUGUUGGCGUAGAUGCUGUUAACACACAUUAUCAUUUUAAUGCACCUUUUUGGAGGACAUCUUUACCAUUUUCAUCUUUUAUGAAAAUAUUAUUGUUGUUGUUGUUUUUUGGUGAGAUCUUAUAUAUUUUGGUCUAUAUAAAAGUAGUCUUUAUUAAAGCACAUCCUUUAAAAAAUAACAAGGAAAUAAGAUGCAUAUAUAUAUAUAUAUAUAUAUAUAAAGGCACCAGCAUUUAAGAUUUAGGAACGCAAGAUGCAAAUAUGUGUUUCAAAUACUUCUAAAAAUGUGCCUCACAUUCACACAUGCCGCUCCUCUAACGAGAAGCUGAAAACAAGAAUACACGAUAACCUCUAAAUAAACUGUUUAGAGUAAACAAGAGUUCCGCAGAGAUGUGUCGCUUAAAAUAUUGAAUAAUAAAAUUGCAUUUGUAUCUUC